AUGCUGCCCGCACAGCCCCCGCCGCCCAACUCGGGCUCAUCCACUCCCGGUCAGGCUGGCUCUGCACCGCCCGAGUCCUCGAACGGCUCCUCUGCCAACGACGCCAUCGAUCUCACCUCUUCCCGCUCGCCUUCGCCCCGCCAGAUCCACGCUCAGCGUCAGGCGACCCAAAUAGACGCCCUCACCAACGGCUUCGCGACGCUUAAUCCAAGUGCCGGCCAAGUCCCUUUGCCCGACUCGAUGCUCCCCAAAACUCCCGUCUGCAUCGGCCAACUGAACGUCACCGCACUCGUUACCUAUCCCACCAACUACACACACUCGUCUCCCGGCGUCAUUCCCGACUUGGACUGGGCGCCCGUGCGCCUGUACUACGAUAAGGACACCAACAUCUCUGGUCAGGACACGAUCCAUGUCACGACGCCCGCGAUCAAAGGGACGCCGCAGUCCGCUCAGAAGUUCGCUGUCGUCGAAUCCCGAGUGGCGCUCGUUCUGGGUCCCAUGAUGGGCAAAGGCUUGAUUAGGCUGGAUGGAAAGAUCAAGCGCGGACAUCCUGGUUUGCACAUGUUGCCUAUGGAGAUGCUUGUUUUCACGCCCAAGGGCAACAUUCCCAUCGUCUCGCAGUACCUGAGAGCCAAGAACCUCUUGCUCGACCACCCACGACCACAGAAAUGCAACUUCCCGUACUACAAUCCACACAACCCUCCGCCGGAAGGUUGGGGUCAGCAGGGCCUGUUGUCGGCAGGUCAGAGCAGGUGGACGACGCAGGUUACAGGAAAGAGUGUGGAGGUACAGCGCAGUCAGGCCGAGGAGCUCUUCAAGAGCUUGCAGAGCGGGGAUGAGCUACCAGAAUAUGCUGCACCUUCCUGCAUCAAAACGACUCUCUAUCCGCACCAGAAAAAGGCAUUGACAUUCCUGCUGGAGCGCGAGCGCGAGAUUCUCGGCGAGGAUGGUCUCCGUUCUUCUCUCUGGCAGGAACGGUUGAAUCCCAUUACCGGCGAGAGGCAUUGGUGCCACCUCGUCACACAGAAGGAGAUAUUCGAAGAGCCCAAUGACUGCAAAGGCGCAAUACUUGCGGACGAUAUGGGUCUCGGGAAGACCAUUACCUGCGUUUCAUUGAUCGCCGCGACACUCGAGUCCGCGCAACGCUUCGAGAAGAUGCCUCUGGACAAGAUAGAGCCACCGGUGCCAGCAGCCGACUCUUCUCUGAGCGCGUCCGAUUUUGCUGGGAGCGUGUACGGAAUGCCCACAAAUACGACGAAGGCCGCGCAGAAAGCCAAGGCGAAAGAUGCCCGGGCUCAAGACGCUGCACAGAGCAAGUAUGCUCGAGUAUGCCGACUGAAGACGCGCAGCCGCGGCACGCUCAUCAUCUGUCCGCUAUCGACUGUGUCGAACUGGGAGGACCAAAUACGUGAACAUUGGAAGGGGCCCGUCACUGUCGUCGGCGGUUCUGGCGCUUGUGGUGACACCUCUGUCAAAGGAGAAGGUGGCGAUGACAAUGCGAGCGCGCGAGUUCUACGUGUUUACGUCUACCACGGCAACGCGCGUCGACCCGACCCUGUCUUCCUCGCCAACCAUGACGUCGUUAUCACGACGUUCUCGACGCUCUCGUCCGAGUACUCCAAACAAUCCCGCAGUACACAGUGCGACGAAGAGAGUGGAGAUUCAGAUAUCGAGAUCUUGGGCGACAAUAGUGGGCCUCCGCCCAAAAAGGCCGGGAAGCGCAAGCGUGUGGGCAACGGGCAAGAGAUAACCAGCGCUUUGCAAAGCGUCUUCUGGUUUCGGGUGGUUCUUGACGAGGCUCACUCCAUCAAGGAGAUAAGCACCGUCGCCUGCCGCUCAUCGUGCGAUCUCAUGGCGGAUCGCCGGCUUUGCCUCACCGGUACACCCGUGCAGAACAAGUUGGACGACGUCUUUGCGCUGAUCAAGUUCCUACGCCUCGAUCCGCUCGACGACAAGAACGCGUGGACCGAAUAUAUUGGUACACCGGUUAAAUACGGGCAGCCGCUCGGCGUCGCUCGCCUCCGCACGAUCAUGAAGUGCAUCACGCUUCGUCGGACAAAGGAGAGCAAGACCAGUUCGGGCGAGCGCAUCCUCACGCUUCCCCCGAGGCGCGACGAGUUGCGUUAUCUCAAAUUUGACUCGGAAGAGCAGGCCGUGUACGAUCGCUUCUUCAACGAGAGUAAGGCCGAGUUCCGCAAGCUCUCGAACAAGAACGAGGUCAUGAAGAACUAUGUCGGUAUUUUGCAAAAGAUUCUGCGCCUACGUCAAAUCUGCGACCAUGUCGACCUCGUCAAGGGCAAGGGUCUCUUCAGCGAACAAGACACGUUCUACGAGGAGACCAUCACUGCUAUCGUCAAUGAAGGUAUCACACUUCCUCGGGCGGCGGUCGUAUUCAGCCUCCUCCGCGAGGGUGCGUCGGCGCAGUGCGCCGAGUGCGGUUCUGAGCUCGCGCCUACGACGGAUGAUCUUGACGCUCCAACUGAGAGCGGGCCCGCGGCGGCGUCCAGUUCGAAGCGUACGUCGAAGAAGCCGAAGAUGACGCCGUCGCGUGGUCCGACGCGCGCCUCUAGCCCGACGGGUGGCGUACAGCCAGUCCUCACGCGAUGCCAGCAUCUAUUCUGCAUAUGCUGUUACCGUCGGUCGUACGACUCCCAGUGGCCUCACUGCGCGCCAGAUCUCGCGCGUCCUUGCUCAGUCUGCCAGGCAUACCUUCGUCCCGUGGACGCGAUUGUCGUCGAUCGGAACUGCGUACCCGAACAGAUGCUUACCCAGCCCACUGAGCCUACGCCUGCUGCACCGACUACGAAGAAACGCGGGAAGAGGGACAAGGCCACGAAGCAGGCUGCGAUGCGGGAUUUCCAACCAAGCACGAAGGUCAAGGCGCUGAUGAACGAUUUGCUGGAGUUCUCGCGUGCGAACCCCCACUCGAGCAACUAUGCGCCCGACGCGCUUGAGGUGCAGAUGGUGGAUAGUGAUGGAAAUGCGUCGGAAGGAAUCAUCAAGACGGUUGUCUUCUCUCAAUGGACCAGCAUGCUGGACAAGGUCGAGGACGCGCUCGAAGCCAUGAACAUCAAGUAUGAUCGUCUUGAUGGCACCAUGAAGCGCGAGGACCGUUCUCGCGCGAUGGACGCGCUCAAGAAUGACCCGGCCUGUGAAGUGUUGCUAGUGAGCUUGAAAGCGGGCGGUGUGGGCCUCAACCUGACUGCUGCGCAACGUGUCUACCUCAUGGACCCAUACUGGAACCCCGCCGUUGAGAAUCAGGCCGUAGAUCGUAUUCACCGCCUCGGGCAGACACGACCGGUCGUCACGGUCAAGCUCAUCAUCGAGAAGUCUAUCGAAGCUCGUCUUCUGGAUGUACAGAAGAAGAAGACGGACCUCGCAAACCUUACUCUGGGCGCAAAGCAGCUCACCAAGGAGCAGCUCAUGCAACGGCGCCUCGAAGAGCUUACGCAGCUCUUCAACUAA